AUGGAUACCAUACAAGAUGAAAAAGCGCCUCUUAUUGAAACAGCAGAUGACAUCGAUUUUGAAGAUGAACUUGGUAAUUGUGGGUCCUGCAGCCCAUGCAAUCCCCGAAAAGCCCUUCAUCGAUAUCUCAUCCUUUCGAUUAUGUGUUUUUUGAGUUUCGGCAGUUAUUUCUGCUACGACAACCCUGCUGCUCUCCAAGAUGACAUGACCAGAGAUCUAAGACUUAAAGAAUCAGAAUUCAUGAGUUUCUACAUGUGGUACUCCUGGCCAAAUGUUAUCCUCUGUUUUUUUGGUGGGUUUCUUAUUGACAGGGUUUUUGGUGUCCGAUUGGGAGCAGUCAUCUUCAGUUGUUUUGUCACUGUUGGCCAGGUUAUUUUCUCUCUUGGUGCAUUGUUUAAUCUCAUUUGGUUAAUGGAUCUUGGAAGAUUUGUUUUUGGAAUUGGUGGGGAAUCUUUAGCUGUGGCUCAGAAUACAUACGCUGUCAGAUGGUUCCAAGGAAAAGAAUUGAACAUGGUCUUUGGAUUACAGUUGAGCUUUUCUCGUAUUGGUAGCACUGUAAAUAUGAACAUAAUGGGUCCUUUGUAUGACCUAUUUGCAGCAAAAAGUCCUGGAUACAAGGGGCUUGGUUUAACUUUGCUGAUUGUUGGUGGAGCCUCUUGUAUUGUCUCACUGCUCUGUGCAUUAGCGCUGUCGUUCUUUGACAGAAGAGCAGAAAAAAUUUUGAAAAACAGAAAACAAUCUGAGGAAACUGUCAAUCUGAAAGAUGUGAAAGAUUUCCAUUGA